AUGGUGAACUUUACCAAAAUCCUCCUACUUGCUUCAACCACCGCUGCGAUCAUCCUCCCCCGCGACGCGACUACAGUUGAGAAUGAUAUAAACCAAAGAAUUGGUCCCCAAUGGACCACCCUCGGCAACAACAUAAAUGGCUAUCCUGCAAGUGGCUUACAAGGCGCCUUUAAUAUUCAUGAUUAUGCGCAGAGUCUCGUUACUAUCACGAAUGAUGCAACUGGCAACGUCAACGCUGCCGGUUCGUUUUCCGAAGCAGACGGCACCACUAUUCUCGCAGACUUACAGUCCCUCGUCCACACGUUUCUUGGCACACUGUCGGCUAUAGGAGAUCAGGCGCUGGCCUGGGGCAAUUUGCAAGGUGGACAAGCUGUGAUUCUUAGUGAUCUCCAAGGCCUAAACUCGUCUUUUAUUGGCUUCUUCGAUGCGUUGAUAGCAGCUUCGCCUGCUGACCUUGUUCCCGCGGUUACGAGUGUCAGGACGCAAGUUGCGGAAGGCUUCAAUAGCGCCAUUGCCCCUUAUUCUGGUUAG